GGCAGCCGGACGUACUACGGGAGCAACACGGCGGUUCCAGCACCUGGCAGAGCUCAUAAAUCAGUCGGAAAAUGGAUGACGAUACGGACAUCUUCAAAAUCGACCCGCGCGAAGUGUGGCUGGAAAAGGAGGCCAUUGCGGGCUUUCGAGUGUGGCACAUAAUAGCCGCCGUCCUAGGCAUUUUGAUGUUAAUUAUGAUUAUGGUAUGUUGCUGCAUUCGCUUCCGGAUUCCGCGCACCAAACAGGAAAUCGAGGCGGACUACCAGCGCAAACAGAUCACCAAGAAGUUUCGCGAGAAGCUGCAGCAGAUCAAGAACUCCGAAAUGGACGACAUGGACCUGAUGAAGGCACUUGCUUAUAUCAAAUUGGAACAGUACGAUGAUCCCUAAGGGCUCUGUAAAUUCACCCGCACACUGUACAAACUAUCGGAAGUACUUAAGCAGCAAACUCUCUAUCGCAAAAAACACUGCCAAUUUUGUGCCCGCAUCCAGAGCGAUUAUCUGAAUUUUCAGGCUAGCAUGGAGAGCAUGAAUGAGAAGCAGAAUGUUAAGUUUAAGAUCUAAGUGCCUUCUUGAAAAGUGUUUAAUGCGUAACUGUUAUAGUAUUGUGCAGCUGAGAUUGUAUCCUUAAGCGAAUUGUUAGUAAGAUAAUGCCUUAAUCUAUGCAAUAAAAAGUUAAUAAAUAAAAAGAGCUAAAAGUACACAGUAACUUAAAGCUAUAAAUGAAA